GGUUCAUUAGUUAUAAAUUUCAACAUGGCUUUUAAAGUUUAAUAAAAGUAUUUUUUAGGAUAAAUAAACAAAAACGAACUGUUCCAAAUGGAAUAUAUCUUUGAUAUUAUAAAUUCUGUUUUACGUUAUAUUUAAUACAGGUAAAUGAACAUUAGACCAAAUGAAUAAUGAAAAAUUACGAAUCUCAUGACAAAGCAAAAGAUAAACAAGUUGUUAAUGUGAACUUAUUAAAUGGAGACUCAGCAAAUAAAAUAGAAAAUAAGUUACAGGAUGAAUGUGUUUCGGAUAUUCUUGAAUAUCCACAUAAUUUAGAUUUUAAAAGCCAAAGUUUACCAGACUGUACUAAUAAAGAUGAAAUUUAUUUGGACCUUUCUCUAGAUGAAUAUGAUCAUAAAUCCCAAAAUGAAGACAAUUCGCCAAGUCCCAAAAGCGAAUCUUGGUUUAAAUCGUUUAGAACUUGGCCAGAAAGAUAUGAAAAACUGAAAAAUGUAGACACCCAGUCUUCUACUUCUAAAAGUCCUACAAAAAAUACAAAUACUCAAGAACUCUCCAAUUGUGAUCAAGUUGAUAAUUCGAAUAUUAAAAAUAAACUCUCUUUUAAUGAGGCAUUGCAGAACAUAUCCUUAGCAUAUAGUCCCAUAACUAAACAGUUACAUUUAGUAGACACAACUAAGACUGAUACUAAAAAUUAUAAAGACUUUAGCAAUAAUGAGGGUUACGUUAAGAAAUCAGGACAUAGGAGGACAGAAGCAGGGUCAUUUUCAAGCACUAUUUCUAGCCUAAGUGCUAUUAGUGACCAAUCAACUUCUGGCAGUUUAAUUGGAUCAGAAGAAAGAUCUUUGUCCAGUUUGGAUAUAUCUAAUUUUAAACCUAGGAGGAAGAGUUUGACCAAUUUUUUCUCAAAACAUAUAUUUACCUGGAAAGGAGCUUCAACAGAACCUACACCAGGAACCAGUGUCUGGAAAAUUUUUAGUAAACAACCCAAUGAUGAUAGUGCUCCUGUUUCGCCCAUUCACGUUGUAGCUAGUUCUUCUGCCUUAAUACAACAUGAAAGGCCUUCAAGUCUACCUGCAAAGUCACAAAAAGAAGAGCAGAAACAUAAAGAUGAAUAUAAAGCAAUUUUGGCUGCUGCAAAAAAGAAAGAAGCUCAAAGUUCUGCAGCUAAACAAAAACAGCAGAAACUUCAAUUGAAAUUAGAGGAACAACAAGCAUUUGCCACUAAACAUUUUACACAAAAUGUCCUGCCACAUUGGAAUUCAAUGUGUUCCAAUAAAAAAACAGUUGAUCUUUGGUGGCAAGGCCUUCCAUCCAGUGUUAGAGGAAAAGUUUGGAUACUAGCAAUAGGGAAUGACUUAAACCUCACUCACCAAUUGUAUGACAUAUGUCUUAGUCGAGCUCAUAAUCGCUUAAAUAGUCCUGAAACAUUACAAUCAGAUUCUGAUGCAGACCAAGAAAGCUCCAUGAAUGUUAUCCAGCUGGACAUAUCCAGAACAUUUCCACAUUUAGGUAUUUUUCAAGAAGGAGGACCAUAUUCUGAAACUUUGCAUUCUCUUCUUGCCGCUUAUGUGUCGUAUAGGCCAGAUGUGGGUUAUGUUCAAGGAAUGUCAUACAUCGCUGCCAUACUUAUUUUAAAUAUGGAACCUUGUGAUGCUUUUAUCUGUUUUUCUAACCUGUUGAAUCAACCUUUACAUUUAUCGGCAUUCACUCUAAAUCAAAGCCAUAUGCAGGCUUACUACAAUGCUUAUGAUCAGAUAUUUAAUUACAAUCUACCAAGGUUACAUAUACAUUUUGAAAAAAGUGGAUUGACGCCGGAUUUGUAUUUGCUAGAUUGGAUUUACACAAUUUUUGCAAAGGCAAUGCCACUGGAUAUUGCUUGUAGAGUUUGGGAUGUGUUUCUACGAGACGGAUAUGAGUUUAUUUUCAGAACUGCAUUGGGCAUUCUUCAUCUACAUCAAGACACUCUGAUGACUAUGGAUUUUCUACAAGGUGCGCAAUUUCUUACUCAUCUACCUGAUGAUAUUUCAGCAGACUUACUUUUCAAAAGUAUACAGUUAGUUAAUACAACAAUAGGCAAACAAACUUUUACGCAAAUCGUCGAACAGUGCAAGUAUAUCAACUGGCGUCGUCAAUUUGGUCACGUGGGAUAUAGGUAUUGGUGAAGAACUUAUAUAAGAAUCGUGUACUAUUAAAAACGUAAUAUUUCUUAAGAAAGCAGAUCAAGCAAGUUAGAAACAUUCAAAACACAAAACUAAAUAUUUCCCUCUAACUUUUCAAAUGCGGUAUUAAAAAACAAUAUACAGAGAGGUAGUUAUGUGUUUUAAGUCUUAUGAAAAGGGGAAAUUAAGUUCUGUAAAAUUUAUAUAUUGUUAUUUUUAAAAUGUUUAUAAAAUGAUUGAAAUACAGUUUUAAUAAGUAUACAACGAUAAACUAGAAAAAAUACCUGAUUUAUAUAAAAAAAAUAUGUUCAUCUCUGUUUAUAAUUGUUUAUUAAUUUUAAAAAGAUUUGUAUGUGAUAUAUUUAUACUACUGAAAAAAUAUAUUUUUACAUUUUAUUUAAUUAUUGUAUUUUUAAUAUUGAAUUAUUAUAUAAUUGAAGAUUAAAUGCUGUUAAAUAGUGCCUCAUAGUUGACAACAAUGUAUGUUGGUGACUUUGUAAAGUUAACUAUAAAUACAACUAUUGUCAUA